AUGCAUGCAGAGGACCCUGACGGCAGUCGAGAAUGGAGAGAAGUCGGAAAGGAAGAACCAAGCAUCGAGGAGCUGCAGCAAAAAGAAGAAGUUCUGCAGCAGCAGCUGCAAAAACAAAAACGCAAAUUAUUACAAAUUGAAUUAAAGUUAGAAGACCUCAAAGAGGAGACAGCGGAGAUGCAGCAGCAAGUAGAACCAAAGAAAGAAGCUGCUGCUGCGCUGCUGCGGCAACUGGGCUCGCUGCAGCAGCGCUUAGAAGACGCUAUGCUGCCGCAGCUAGCUACUCUGCAGCAGCAGCUAGCUACGCAGUUAGCUACAGCACGAGUGAAUGUAAUGCAAGGUCAGCCUCCUUCAGCAGCAGUUGCUGCUGAGCUGCAGCAGCAAGAGAUAAGGAGACAAAGAAGGAGACAAAUUUUAAUCGAAGAAGCAGAGAGGAGGCGACAAGAGAAAGAGCGAGAGGAGACAACGUAA